GUCCCUGAGAGUUGAGGUAGCCCAGUGUAUCAACGCGACUCGGCUUCUUCGAUUUGUUUUGUACUUUUACCUCCUUCACUCUCACCGCGAAGCUACCGCAAUCUAGCAACGGACGCAAGCCUUCGGUCGCAAUAAUGAGGUUUUUCCUCCUCCCCAUUUCGACACGACGAACUUUGCUUUAUUGUCAAAAGCUCCAACACCUACCCCCAGAGAAACAGACCUUAGUAGAUAAAGCUACGACCCGCGCUGCGAAACUAUGGGCCGGUUGGGAGAGAAAAGAAAAAGGCUGGCAGAAAAAGGUAGUCGUCUAUGGCAACUACUUGCUAAGAAGGAUACCUUACGAAGAAUGGGGUCUUAAAACAGUGCCUCCUCUAUCUACUAGGAGAAGGGAGGAAGAAAUAUUAGGAAAGCAAAAAAGCCAUCUCAUUUUCCCAGAGUCCCUUAUACCUACAACCAAAGCGACAAGCGUCCUACAAACGCUAGCCACGGAACGAGAGUCGCUACAUAGGACCAGGUUGAUGUGGUGUUUUGUCGGAAUGCCCAUCAGUGCGCCGUUUGCGCUUGUUCCGGUAAUCCCGAAUCUCCCUUUCUUUUAUCUAGUAUACCGAGCUUGGUCGCAUUGGCGAGCCCUUGCAGGCGGCAAGCAUGUCAAAUUCCUUUGCAAAAAUAAUCUCCUCUCUUUAUCGCCUUCUCCGAUACUCAACUCGAUUUAUUCUCCCCUCCUCCCUAGCUCUCCCGCCGCAAAAGAGUCAAUAGCAGAUACCAACAAGACAGGACCGACCACGGGAAACGAGUCAAAAGAACAUGUGGAAGAAACCCUCCUACUUUCCCAAAGUAAUGGGAAACAACUCGUGAAAGCAUUAGAAAUACCAGAAUUGGAAGUGGAAUUAGAGCGGGCAAUAUGGCAAGUCGAAAUAGCGAUACAAAAUGAAAAAGAAGAGAAGGUGAAAAAUGAUAAACCGCCAGAUACGACAAAACAAAAUAACGAUGAUACGCCGAGAAGAGAAAAAUAGAUUUCAAGGUAAUAUGUGAUGAUAAGGGUGUGUACGAUAAUAUACGGUCAGUCAUGAACAACAUAUAGAAAGGGGGUGUUUGGUCCUGGAUUUU